GCAUUUUUAGAUCUAUUGCUCAUCUGGUUCUUGUUUACCGAUACUUCUAUAUUUUAACACAUAAUGACCAUGUUUGAAAUUUUUGUCACCUUUUUCUCGGGAACAAAUCAAAGCUUUCUCAAAGUUGGAAAAACCUUCAUGUGAUUGAUUGAUUGAUUGGUGUUUAACGCCACUUUCAACACUAUUGUGCUAUUACAGAACCUUCAUGUGACAUGCUAUAUGUAUACUGUGUGAUGUGUUUUUACAUUCAUCAUUUAUCACUUUCCUAUCAAACUAAUACUUAACAUGCUUAAAAAGGGGUAUCAUUAUUGAGAAAUAGCUCAUAGUUCCACUUGUUUUAUUAGGUGAAGGUCAACCGCAGAUUAAAGUGUUUGACGAAAACAAAUUUCAAGUAGACUGGCAUGCAGAAUUUCUUCAAACCAUGACAUUAAUUAUCUAUGAAAGUACAAUUUUUCUUAAUCGAUAAAAUUGACACCCAUGAAAGUAAUCUUAUCCACAGAAACAACAGUAUAUUCCUACAAAAAAAAUUUACUUACAGAUUUUAAAAGAUGGCUGACCCACCAUCUAGCCAGUUACAGGAUUUCCCACAGUUUACAGAUCUAAACAAUCUUGUUGCAGAACAGACUGGUGCUAAAGUCGUAUUUGCCACAGAUGAUUGGUUUGCUGUAACUGAAAAUCUAUUAAAAGCAGAUGAGCCGGUAUUCAAAGUUGGUGUGUUUACAGAGUAUGGCAAAUGGAUGGAUGGUUGGGAAACUAGAAGGAAGAGAAUCCCAGGCCAUGAUUGGUGCAUUAUACAACUUGGUGUCCCUGGUGUAAUAGUAGGAGUUGAUAUUGACACAUCAUUUUUUACAGGGAACUACACUCCAAAAGCCUCAAUACAGGCAGCUUGUUUAGAAAAUCUUCCAUCAUUGCCGGACAGAAAGGGGAAGAUGGGCACUGCAGCAACGGAAAGUCAACUUAAACUGAUUAGUAGACUGGGAUCUCAGAACUGGGAUGAAAUUCUACCAAGUACAGCAUUAAGACCUGGCUACAAAACAUCAUGUCAUAACUUCUUUGAUAUCAAAUACAACAAAAGAAUUACUCAUAUCAGACUAAAUAUGUUUCCAGAUGGUGGAAUAGCAAGAUUACGAGUUUAUGGAAGGGCAUCUCCAGACUGGAAAAAAAUAUCAUAUCAACAGAUGGUAGACUUAGCUGCUAUGGAGAAUGGUGGCAUCUGUGUAGGUUAUAGCAAUGUUCAUUUUGGCCAUGCAAGAAAUCUAAUACAACCAGGAAGAGCAGACACCAUGGCUGAUGGAUGGGAAACUGCUAGAAAGCCAGGAAGACCAGCAAUAUUAGAGGCUGAUUCUCAGGGAAUUCUUCAGGUUCCAGGUCAGGAUUGGAGUAUGUUUCGACUGGGACAUCCUGGAGUAAUCACAAAGAUUGAAAUUGACACAAACCACUUCAAAGGAAAUUAUCCAGACUCCUGCUCUAUUGAAGCAUGUUAUGUAAAUGAUGACAAAGAAAAUGAAAUAAAACAAAUUUUCAAUAGUCAGCCUUGGAAAACUUUAUUGGCACCAAAAAAAUUGAAAGCUCACCAUAGACAGUUUUUCUCAGGAAAAGAUUUAAAUAAUUGUGGAGUAAUCUCCCAUGUUCGACUUUCAAUGGCACCAGACGGUGGUAUCAGUAGGAUGAGGCUAUGGGGAUAUAAACAAUCCAACCGUCAAGCCAAGUUGUGAUUCACAGUUUUCUCAUAUUGUCAGGAUAACUCGUUUCUGUAAAGUGAUUAUUUUCUCAGAGUUUUAAAUUCAUAAUUUCUAAGACUGAAUCUGCUGUACGUCCUGCUCGCAAGGUUUUGUUUUCACAUCCCCUCCCCUGAUUCAGAACUUCCUCAAAGAUCAAAUUGUAUAACACAAGGGGAUAUUUGCUCAAUUUUAUCUUCAUUGUGAACUUCUUUACAUUACUAUAAUAUCUACUUACCAAAGAUGAAACAAUCUGUAUUUAUAUGUUCUACAUUUUAUUACCAAAGAAUGAAUCAAUCCAUUUUUAUAAAUACUACAUUUUAUUCUAUAAUAGUUAAAAUGAAUUAAACUUAGUUAGAUAUAUAAACACAAAUCUUACAUUUUAUCACAAAGAAUGAAACAAUCUAUUUUUAUAAAUACUAUAUUUUAUUCUGUAAUAGUUAAAAUGAAUUAAACUUAGUUAAAUAUAUAAACACAAAUCCUAUAUUUUACCCUUUUUCUUUUGACCUUAAAUGAACCAAGUUGAAUAUAUAAAUAGAAAUCUUACAUUUUAUCCUCUCUCUGUUGAACUAAAAUGAACUUAUUUGAAUAUAGCAGAAAUACUACACUUAGUUUUCUUUUUAAUUGAGUGAAAUUGAACUAAGUUUAAAAGUUUUAGAAAAUUGUCUUAUCAUUACAACAAUAACUUAGUUAUGGUAUUGCAGGUGAAUGGGACACAAUUAUGUCAUUUCAUUUACAUUGUUCUAUGGAUAUUUAGAUUGGAAAAAAAAACACAAAAGAAAUGUUUAUUACUUUUCCAACUUAUAUUUUACCCACAUAUCCAUCUCAUCAAGGAACAGUGUGAAAGAAGAUAAUGUGGAUAUUUGAAGGAAAACUCCAAAUUCUUUUGUGAUUUUUUAAAAGCUAAAACUGUAUCAAAAACAUUCAGAUGUGAACAUGGAGUUAUUUUCAUUUGUUGGAAACGGUAAUGCAUUGAGAAUUCGUUGUUAUAUUCAUUAUAUAUACUUAUCUUUAGUUUUUUUUGUGAAAGGGAAAAGGGAAGGGGAUGUAGCUCUUUGUUCAAAUAGAUUCCUAAAAAGUUAUGUUAUUGCUGGUCCCUAAUUGACAUAAUCCUGGUUUAAUAUGAAUAAUUGAUAUUACAUGCACAAUUUAUAAAUUAACUUUGAUGCUUUUUUUACAUGUGUAUAAUAUAUACAGUUGCUUUAUAUAAUCUAUACCAAAUAAAUGAUCUGCUAGUCUUUUAUGAUCUGGAUUUAUUUGUUUUUUUAUUGAAUUAUUGUUACUUAUUAUUAAUUUGUAAUAAUUGUUUAUUAUAGUCUAAUAAAUUAUAAUUCAUAUUUAUUUCAUAUUGUGAGGCAUUUAGUUUAGUUUUUUUUUUACUUUGACUCUCUUUUUUCAACUUGCCAAUAUUUAGACAUUUACUGAAAUAAAGACAAUCCCUUUGUUAUGAAGUAUUAUCUUACCUCCUAUACAUUUCUAGGAAUAUGAUUGGUUAAAAGCAACCUUGUAGAGACUGUGUAUAUUCCAUAUUGGGUUAGUAGGCGGGGCUUAUUUCAAUAUAUGGUUAGUAGUGGUGUUACGUCCUUUAUAAAAACAACACGGUGUUGGGGACAAUCUUAUAGGUUUCAACAGACGAAGAAAUUGAGGAUGAACGAUUGAAAUAAAUUCAUAAGACGCAUUUAAAGCUAACAAGUUGUUAUUGCUGGCAUUUGUUUUUUGUAUAGGCCAAUGGAAGUAGGUUCUGAAUACUAACGGUAUUGAAGACUUGAUCACUUUGAUAGGCCACUAGUCUAAAUACCACAUGUUAAGAUAGUCGGUAAGAUAAAUUCGUUACAUAGUGUUCUAGUGACCUAAUACGAUAUAGGUCACUAGUGCACUAUGUAACUAAUGUUAUUUGUUUAAUCAUUUUAAUGAAUAUCUUGCAUCCAAAUUAUACAGGUGUUUACUGAUAUCCUUGCAAUUGGUCAGUCAAAUUUUAGUUUUUACAAAUGUCAGGUAUUAACAUUGAUAUUCAUAUAUGGUAAAAUAGCUUGUUUCAGGUGAUUCAGGAGUUUUAUUAAAGAAUUUCUACUUGAGUACUUGAGCAAUUUUUUUUUAAAUGCAGAUCUUCUUAGUUAGGAAUUAACCAGUUGAAAGACAAAGUAAACACAUUUGUAAGUUGGAAUUUAAUGUUUGGAUUUCUAUUUAUUUGCCAGAUCUGAAUUUAUAUAUGCACAUGUAUUUAUAUACUUUAUUCAAACAAAGCUUUAAUCAAACAGUAUCAUUGUUAUAGGCUUGCUGAUCGAGAUUUCAAUGUAAAUGUCUAAGAAUAUGUUGUAUCAUUUCAAAUUUAAAUAAAGGGAAAUAUGGGUAAGAAGACAUCACAAUGAAACAAAAAACUGAAAUGUCUAGAUAUCACUGUAUGGUCUUUAAUGGAUUUCUACAAAUGAUGUCAUUGCAGGCAUAGUUUUUGCUUCAUUUAUCUAAUUUUACAUUUAUGUGUGUGUAAAAAUUCAAUUUUAAUGAAUUUUUCUUCUAUUUAAUUGUGAGAAACAGAUAUAAUGUUAGUAACGUCAGGAUAUUCACUUUUUACUGAUAUUCAGAUGUAAACAUUAAGCUACUAAAAAAAAAGAAUUUUUAAAUGUUUGUUCGAAAAUAUUGGCUCAGGAUGGGGUUAUUGUAAGCCUAAACAAAUACUUAUCAACCUUUUUGUCUGUAUAUUCCCUAAACAAUCAAAGUUUACAAGACAGUAUAUUUUAAGUGCAUUUUGAUAUCAAUUUCAUUAUCUCCACAGUCUAAACGUUUAUUACAAAAUUUAAUUUCAGUCAUUUGGCAUCUUUUCUUACAAAAAUAUGUUCAAGCAUUUACAACACUUAUCACAUUUGGAUUCAUAGAUCUUUGAAUAUGCAUAAUUAUGUAAAAUUUCUUUCAGUUUCAGUGCUGUGUGUAAUUGGGUGCAUAAUAGAAGUUAAAAUGAAUAUAUAAAUGAGAAUUUGUUGACUUUUUAAUGGAUCUAUAAUACUAAUAGUAUGUAAAAAUGUCUUCAAAUAUGUGCUUGUUGUCUGAUUCUGAAUUUUUUAAUAGAAAAAUGUUUUGAAAAUGAAUAUAAAACUAUUUUUAUAAUUUUUAAUUUGUUAUUUCUUGUUUAUGAGGGCAUAUUGAUUAAAAAUUUUCAUUUAAAGAAGACAAGAGUUACUCUUAUUUAAUAGAUUCACCAAAAAAAAAAUAGAAGUUGUUAUUCAAUAACAAUAAUAAAAUCUGCUAAAGAUA